AUGGCGGCGCGGGGGUCCGGGCCCGCGGCCCUCCGCCUCCUGCUGCUGGUCCGGCUGGUCGCCGGGCACCCGGGUCCGGCCGGUGCGGGGGACGGCGCGCCCGGAGGGCUGGCCGAACCGUUCUCUGCAGCCAAACACGAGGACGGCCUGCUGCGGGACCUGUUUCAGGACUACGAGCGCUGGGUCCGGCCGGUGGAGCGCCUCAGCGACCGGAUCAGCAUCACGUUUGGCCUCGCCAUCUCCCAGCUGGUGGACGUGGAUGAGAAAAACCAGCUGAUGACCACGAACGUCUGGUUGAAGCAGGAGUGGAGAGACAUGAAGCUCCGGUGGAACCCCGAGGACUACGGGGGGAUCCAGGCCAUACGGGUCCCUUCAGACUCGCUCUGGACCCCAGACAUCGUCCUGUUUGAUAACGCCGACGGGCAGUUCGAAGGGGCCCGCACGAAGGCGGUGGUGCGGUUCGACGGCACGGUGGCCUGGGCGCCGCCCGCCAACUUCAAGAGCUCCUGCACCAUCGACGUGACCUUCUUCCCGUUCGACCGCCAGAACUGCUCCCUGCGCUUCGGCUCCUGGACCUACGACGGCUCCCAGGUGGAGCUGCUGCUGGCGGCGGGGGACGCGGACCGCAGGGACUUUUUCGACAACGGCGAGUGGGAGAUCCUGAGCGCCGCGGGCCGCCGGGCCAACCGCACGGACGGCCGGCGCUGGUACCCGCACGUCACCUACGCCCUGGUGCUGCGGCGCCUGCCCCUCUUCUACACCCUCUUCCUCAUCGUGCCCUGCAGCGGCCUCUCCCUGCUCACCGCCCUGGUCUUCUACCUGCCGGCCCACGCCGGCGAGAAGGUGUCCCUCUGCACCUCCGUGCUCGUGGCCCUCACCGUCUUCCUGCUGGUCAUCGAGGAAAUCAUCCCCUCGUCCUCCAAGGUCAUCCCGCUGGUGGGCGAGUUCCUGGUGCUCACCAUGAUCUUCGUCACGCUGUCCAUCGCCGUCACCGUCUUCGCCGUCAACGUGCACCACCGCGGGCCCGCCACGCACCGGGCCAUGGCGCCCUGGGUCCGCCGGCUGUUCCUGCGGCGGCUGCCCCGGCUGCUGUGCAUGCGGGGCCACGCCGACCGCUACUCCGCCCGGGCCCGGCGGGAGGAGCGGGCCCGGGGCCGCCCCCCGCCCGCCCGGGACCCGCUGGGAGCCGCGCUGGACGCCGUCCGCUACAUUGCGAGGCACGUGGUGAAGGAGAACGCGGUCCGAGAGGUGGUGGAGGACUGGAAGUUCAUCGCCCAGGUGCUGGACCGGCUUCUCCUCUGGGCGUUCCUGCUGGUCUCGGUGGUCGGCUCCCUGGGGCUCUUCGCCCCGGUGGUGUAUCAGUGGGCCGCGGUGGGCGCCCCCGUGCACAUCGGGGCGGCAGCCGCAUGA